UCCACAAUCCACAUCAAUAAGAAACUAAGCUAGGCAGCCAUGGCAACCAAACACUUCUUGCUUGCCAUCUUUGUCCUCCUCCUAAGCUUUGCACCCCUCAAUGUUUCGGCAGUUUCGCCACAAUGUGGGGAAGAGAUCACACAGUGCCACAACAAAGAGGAGGCCUUGAAGAUGAAGAUCAUUGCCAUAGCUGCCAUACUAGUCAUGAGCAUGAUCGGGGUUUGCUUGCCAUUAUUUUCGCACAUGGUGCCGGCUCUUCAGCCCGACAAGAACCUGUUUGUGGUGGUCAAGGCGUUUGCAUCCGGUGUCAUACUCGCGACCGGGUACAUGCACGUGUUACCCGAUUCGUUUGAAGACUUGACAUCCGAGUGCUUGCCUGAAAGGCCGUGGAGGAAAUUUCCCUUCACGACAUUUGUGGCAAUGCUCUCGGCUAUUGUGUGUAUGAUGGUGGAUUCAAUUUCGAUGAGUCGUUAUAAAAAAUCUUUUCUUCGAGCUACUGGUAAUGGCGACUUGCGCAACAGUGCCAAAAUUGAGAGCGCCGAAUCAGCGGAUAUUGGACAUGGUCGUGAAAUGAAAAUUGAGGAGGGGAUCAAUACUAAGGAGGAACAAUUGAUGAAGCAUCGUAUUGUGGCAAAGGUAUUGGAAACAGGUAUUGUAGUGCACUCAGUAGUGAUUGGAUUGUCAAUGGGGUCAUCUGAAAACCCUUGCACAAUUAGACCGCUCAUUGCUGCAAUUUGUUUCCAUCAACUAUUUGAAGGAAUGGGUCUAGGAGGGUGCAUACUUCAGGCUGAAUUUGGAAGCAAGAUGAAAGUAAUCAUGAUGUUCUUCUUUUCAUGCACAACACCAUUUGGGAUAGUGUUAGGGAUUGCGUUGUCUAAUGUAUACGAAGACAACAGUCCGAAGUCUCUGAUUGUGGAAGGGCUGCUAAAUGCUUGUUCUUCAGGGCUACUCAAUUAUAUGGCACUGGUGGAUCUGCUAGCCGCUGAAUUUAUGGGUCCUAAACUGCAAUCAAAUAUAAAGCUCCAAGUAUGGUCGUACAUUGCAGUUCUUUUAGGAGCAGGAGGCAUGUCAGUAAUGGCCAUUUGGGCAUAAUUUAGGAUCUAGAACCAUGCCAAAAAAAAAAAGGAAUUCUUAGCGUACGUUUUAGUUAUCCAUGGAAAUAUUCCUGCGCCUUAUUAAGUACUUUGUACAUGAAGAGCAAAGUAGGAACAAAUAACUGAGAAAAUGGUUCUUUAAUUUUUGCACCUUUAGAAUUACAAUUUUGUCUCCAUUGCAUU